AUGACUUUUUACGAUAGAAAUAACGACAAACAUGCGACGAGCAUAUCGCUCUUGCGGCACACCCAAAUUUUCGCCCCAAAAUUUCAGCGCCUCUCCCUUAAUUCAUCCUCCCUCCUCCAGUCCUCACUCCUUACCUCUCCACUCUUGCCCCAAAUCUUCCUUAUCUUCUCUUCAUCUAUCUGUUUCUUCGAGGGCGAGGGCGCGAGGGGCGGACUGCCGACUGCGGAGGCGACGGAAGGGCAGGGCCCAGAGCAGCUGAGCCGACCUGCGAGCCGCGAGGAAGCCGACGGAGAGCGGAGCACCGGCCACCGAGCAGGGCAGCAGGCAAGCAGCCGAGCACGCGCUGCUGGCUUUCCAGUUUCGGAUUUCCGAUUUCCCAAUUCCGUUGCAACUUUUAGGUAUACCCUUGAUCAGAUUAGGAAAAUGGAAGAAUCUACUCGAAUAAGGAAAGAAUCAGAAAUUCAUAACCUACGGAGCUUAUUAAAUUGCCAAUUAAAGAAGGAAUUUUUAGUGUAAGAAAAGGUUGUGGUAGUUCCUCAGCGAAGAGGAAGAUAACAGAUGAGCUAAUACCAAGUUAGCAACUUUAAGAGGCUUGGAUGGCAAUGCAAAUACAACAAUGCAGAGAGGUGAGUGCACAACUGCAAAUUACUAUAUCUACCUAGAUUUCUAAUCAUGUAUAUGGAAUCUUUUUGUUUUUGAAUUGUGACCGUUUGAAUUGUCAAUUCUUAAAUUUAAACUAUUUUAAGCA